UUGUGUAGUAGAGAUGCUGUACUAAGUUGUUUAAUAGGUAUUUCUAUUUUGAAAAGUGAAUUGAUUUUUUGAAUAGUGUUAAACUGUGUGUUUGUUGUGCCCCUUGGAUAUGACAGUGAGGGAGAACAGUGCUUAAAUCAGGAGAGAUAUUCGACUCCGAAUCGGCUUUAUCUUGCUGCAAAGCCACCCUCGAUUGCGAUAAAUUAUUCCAAAGUCAAAUGUGGAGGAGGUGAGUCAUCAGGAUCAGGGUAAGAAUGGGCGUCAUCUCGGUGACUCUGCUGGCGCUCCUGGCCACGGCUUGGGACGCCACCGCCAAGACGGUGUCGGUGAUCCCCCACGACGCGCACCCCGGCUACAACGUGAAAAAGUUCAAGGAUGCCGUCAACUUCAAACUGCUCGACUCGGACUUCUCCCAGUUCUUCACGAUGCUGCAGGACGGCUCCAUUAUGACCGUGUCCGAUGUUAGCCCCUUAGUGAACCACCCCGUGGACCUGGUGGUGCUGGAGAACAAGGGCAACACCAGCACCACCCAUAUGCUCAAGCUGUACGUGUUAGACAGGCAUAAUAUGCUGAGCUUCGCCACCGAAACCGGCGAGGACAUCUUGGGUCGCGUGACGGAAAACUCUCCAGCCGGUACACGGGUCGGCGGACUACCCAUGCUGCGGGCAUCCAGUGACUCGGCCACGGUACCGGUAACCUACAGCAUCAUCGCUGGCAACACUGCUCAAGCCUUUGAACUUCAAGACAGUAUUACAGGCGACGUCCUUCCCAACGUCACGAUGGUCGAUGGGAAUGGUGGCGUCAACGUAGUCACCUCCCAAGUGCUGGAUCGAGAAGAGACUAGUAGAUACGUGCUGACUAUCCAAGCCGUGGACCCUAGCGGAAUUAACAAAGCGGUGACGAACGUCGUCAUCGAGGUCGAAGACGAAAAUGACAAUAGCCCCGUAUUUACCCAGAAAGUCUACAGAUUCGUGGUUGGUGAUGAUUCCCUCGAAGGCGACAACGUCACCAUGACUUGGAAACGGUUCUCUUCCAUCGGCAAAGUAGAAGCCACAGACGCAGAUGGCGAUAAAGUGGCUUACAAGCUCGCAACCCCUACUAACUUCUUGGUUAUCGUACCCCAAACCGGAGACCUGCUCUUGACUCAGGAACCGAUAGAAGAGAUAGAGCUAGAACUCGUAGUGGAAGCUCACGACUUGCGCACUCCAAGCAGGACCUCUCCUAGACCCGCUCAGGUCAUUUUCCACUUCAAACCCGCUGAACCUUCCAAAGUCGAACUAGACUUGGACCUGCAGCAGCUCGAAGAAGUGGAGUUGCACAGAACCAAAAGACGAGUCACCAGGGCUGUUAGGCCUACAAAGAGGAUCGAGUUUACCGAGACGGAUGGAGAGACUGACGGAAGGGUUGUGUUUCAGUUGGAGAAGGAAACUGACAGAGAGACCUUCAAGAUCAGGGACGAGAAUCCUUGGGUGACUGUUGAUCCCAAUGGCUCCGUCCGAGUAAAGAAAAAGUGGGACUACGAGGAGUUAGGGCCCGAGAAAACUAUCGACUUCUGGGUCACCAUUACCAACGCCGAGAAAGGGGNCGAAGACGAAAAUGACAAUAGCCCCGUAUUUACCCAGAAAGUCUACAGAUUCGUGGUUGGUGAUGAUUCCCUCGAAGGCGACAACGUCACCAUGACUUGGAAACGGUUCUCUUCCAUCGGCAAAGUAGAAGCCACAGACGCAGAUGGCGAUAAAGUGGCUUACAAGCUCGCAACCCCUACUAACUUCUUGGUUAUCGUACCCCAAACCGGAGACCUGCUCUUGACUCAGGAACCGAUAGAAGAGAUAGAGCUAGAACUCGUAGUGGAAGCUCACGACUUGCGCACUCCAAGCAGGACCUCUCCUAGACCCGCUCAGGUCAUUUUCCACUUCAAACCCGCUGAACCUUCCAAAGUCGAACUAGACUUGGACCUGCAGCAGCUCGAAGAAGUGGAGUUGCACAGAACCAAAAGACGAGUCACCAGGGCUGUUAGGCCUACAAAGAGGAUCGAGUUUACCGAGACGGAUGGAGAGACUGACGGAAGGGUUGUGUUUCAGUUGGAGAAGGAAACUGACAGAGAGACCUUCAAGAUCAGGGACGAGAAUCCUUGGGUGACUGUUGAUCCCAAUGGCUCCGUCCGAGUAAAGAAAAAGUGGGACUACGAGGAGUUAGGGCCCGAGAAAACUAUCGACUUCUGGGUCACCAUUACCAACGCCGAGAAAGGGGGUAAGUGA